AUGUACGAGGGCAUGUAUGCACUAGAACCUCUCGAUUUUCAGAUCGUCGACAGUCCGGUUGGUCUUGGAAAGCCCCGGCAAUCAGCCAGCAUACAUCUCCACAUACUUGCUCGCCUCUUCGACCGUCUUGACCUAGCAGGCGCGGCGCUGGGGCCAACUCCUGUCAGGGCAGCGGUCGAGUUGCUGUCCAAGAGAUCGUACUACGACAUUUGUACUGAGGACUGUAGUCUCGCCGGCGUGCCGUUGCCCGACAAGGACAACUUCCAGCUGCCCUUCGAGAACAACUACGUGCAGCAAUGCCCGCCGAUCGCCCUCACGACGCCCAGCGGCGGCAUCGUCAUCUCGCGGGUUUGCCUCGACUUCAUAGGUCCUAACCUGUACUUCAACUUUUCGUCUUUCCCAGGUUACACUACCAAGUCUGCGACCAUAGCCUGGAAGCUGAAGGGCAACCUCGCUCGACCCGAGGACCUGGAGCAACCCUCCACCAACAACGACAAUCACCUGCGGGCGGGAUGGGUCCGGGUUUGUCUGCAAGCUGGCCUUUACCACCAUUCUAGGGGUUUCUAG